AUAGUACGCGGCUCCUCGAAACAAACAGCCUGCCAUGCGACCGUGAAUUGCGCACGCCACCCAAAUGAAACACCGCCACCUAAUUUGCUGUCUCGCCAGUGCUUCUCUUCCCACGUCGCUCGUCCUCCCUUGAUUUCCAUCGCCUCUAGCUACGAUACCCCUCCGCCGGCCGCCAUGGCAUCCCUCGGCGCGCCUCUGAGCGUGCAGGACCUCACGGAUCAGGCAUCCAAGUACGAAUACAAUGCAUACAUCCCGCUGCGGAACUGGCUGCGGACAGCGAGCAUGAUGCACAAGCAGGCGCAAGUGUAUGCAGCAGAAGGGAACGACCCGCAAACAUACCUGCUGCUGUACAGGCAUGCAAACCUUGUCCUCGAACACCUCACAAACCACCCCGAGAGGAACCUUCCCGAAAACCGCAAAGCGCUGAGUGCUGCGACGGCGGCUGUAGGCUCCGACAUUCAGACGCUGGAGGACAUACGGCCGCGUAUAAAGAAGAGGCAUGAGGAGUUCCAGGCGAGGCGAAAAGCGCAGCAGAAGUCUCUGCAAUCUUUAGAAGACAAGAGCGAGCGACUUGUGCCCCAGGAAUUGGAUGGUACGUCGCGGGUAGCUCACAGGAGAAGCUAUGAGAAGCAGACGUUAGAUGCUAUCGGCAAUCAGACUCUAGCAGCGAAGCUGGCACAAAGAGAGGUCAGGAGAAGAGAUGCCGCGAGGAGGAGCGUCCGGCAAGCUGGUGUGUCGGAAGAGGAAGAAAGCGAGCGGAGGACGGGCGGUGUCUGGGGAGACUGGGAGAAAGAGCUUAAGCGUCAGAGCACCGAGGCAGAUGGUGAUCUUUCGGCUCAGCUCCAAGAGGUAGCACGUAUGCAGCGGAACGGGCACCAAACAUCCAACUACUCACGCCCCUACUCCCAGACAUCUUCCUCAUACCAUUAUCCAUCAGUGCCACACCAUGGACAGCAAGAACGACGGACGGACGUGCAUUCACAACCCCCCGUACCUGCCCGACCACCAAAAGAACAUCUCCCUCCGCCAUACGACCCAUUCGCCAUCCCGCCUGCACUACCGCCGAAACCUCCAGGGCAGCUUACCUCUAGACUACUCUCCGAACAACAACCACAACCGCCCCCCGUCCCAGGCAAAUACACUGACAGCGCCCCGUCCGCGCCUCCUUUACCUGGAAAGAUACCUCCCACCGCGCGAGCCGACACACCAACCACCGACCUGGACGAGUUCACCUUCAAGCCCGCCGCAUACCUCGAAAACGGCGCUCCCCUCCGCACUAUUUUCCUCCCCACUCCUCUCCGCCACCACUUCCUUAACGCCGCAUCCACAAACACACGCCUCAAUCUCGAGACCUGCGGCAUGCUGUGCGGUAUACUGAAGAAUAACGCGCUCUUCAUCACGCGGCUCGUUAUCCCCGCGCAGACGAGCACCAGCGAUACAUGCGAGAUGACCAACGAAAGCGAUCUGUUUGACUACUGUGACAAAGAGGAAUUGAUGGUGCUGGGCUGGAUACACACGCAUCCCAGUCAGACGUGCUUCAUGAGCUCGAGGGAUCUGCACACCCAUGUGGGGUAUCAGGUCAUGAUGCCCGAGUCUAUCGCUAUCGUGUGUGCGCCGUCCAAGUCGCCGAGCUGGGGCUGCUUCCGCCUGACAGAUCCGCCGGGCAAGCAUGCGAUUCUGAGCUGCAGUAAGCCCGGUAUUUUCCAUCCGCACGACGUGGAUAAUAUUUAUACCGAGGCGUUGAAGCCGGGACAUGUGGUUGAGCUGGAUAAUGGGCCUUUGGAGGUGGUGGAUAUGCGGCCGAAGCGGUAGGGGUCGGUCGGUUUUACGGCGAAGAGUGCGAGUGUGCAGAGCGUGGUGCUGGGGUGUGAUUAUUGGCUGGGACUGUAUGACUUGAUGAUUGACUUGAGCGGUGCUUGCCGUUGGUACGACGUAUGGUAGAGUGAGGUACUGUGUUGGCUUGAGGCGGAUCAGGAUACAGUGUGCUGUGCCAGAUCUGUGAGGGGAUCAUGCAUCAAGUGUGCUUGGACGCCACUUAUUGCACGAGAAUCAACGAUAGACCACGCAAUGCAAC